GAGCGCUCCGUUCCGUCUCCCUUCAGUCUAUAAGUUAACACAGUUGCAUCGCGCGGCUUGGUGGCACAUUCUCCUACCUCCAUUCCUACCCUAGCAUCUUUACAUCUGGGAGGAAGUCAAUCAUGGCCCCGUCAAAGCUAUUCGAGAAGAUAGCCAUCGUUGGCGCCACUGGGCACAUCGGCCAGAUCUUUGUGUCAGAGCUUCUCAAGACCGGCAAGCACACUAUCACUGCCUUGACUCGUGCCGAGAGCAAGGGCACUCCGCCAGAGAGUGUCAAGCGCGUCCAGGUCAACUACAAUGACCAAGAAACACUGGUUGCGGCUCUCCGUGGGCAAGACUUCCUCAUCAUUACCCUCGCUGUGAGAGCACCUCCAGACACCCACAGAAAGCUCGUCAGGGCAGCGGCCGCAACGGGCGUCCCGUACGUCAUGCCCAGCUUCUACGGCAGCGACAUUCGCAACCCUAAGCUGGCCAGCGAAGCCUUCGGCGCCGUCAUCAAGGCGCAACUCGACGAGAUGGAGAGCCUCGGCCUGUCGUAUGUCUCACUGGCGUGCGGCACCUGGUAUGAGUGGAGCCUGGCUCUAGGCGACGCAUGGUUUGGCUUCCAGAUUAAGGACCGCAAGGUGACUUUCUUCGACGACGGCAAGACGAUUGUCAACGUGAGCACCUGGGAGAUGUGCGGUCGUGCUGUGGCCGCGUUGCUCAGCUUGCCCGAGAGUGGCGCGUCCCCCUCCCUGUCGGACUGGAAGAACGAGCCCGUGUACAUCAGGAGCUUCCAGGUGAGCCAGCGCGACAUCCUCGAUAGCCUCCACAGGGUUCUUAACACCACGGACGAGGAUUGGGUCAUCUCGUAUGAGCCAGCCGGCAAGCGGGCCCAGGAUGGACUGGAAGAGUUCUCCAAGGGCAUCAUCACCGGCAUGGCCAAGAACAUGUAUGCGAAACUCUUCAUCCGCAGUAAGGCAGGCGAGUUAGACUACGCAGAGGGCUUGGCCAACGAAGUGCUCGGCCUGCCAGAAGAGAGUCUGGAUGGAGCCACCAAGAGGGCUGUGGAGAUGGUGGAGAGCGGCUGGAAUCCGCUUACCGGUUGA